UCCACCCCCUCCUUCUCGCUCGCUCUCUCCCAUCCCCCCAAGCCAGUCGCUGUGCUGCGCAGCUCCCUUAGCGGUUGUCGCCGUCGGAGACGGUUGGGAGGACCGUUGUGGGGAGCGCUACACGAGGCGGGCGUCUGCUCCCUCCUCAGACCGGACCCCCCGCGUAGCGGAGUUGGCACUACUGUCGCCCGGCAGGCAUUAAAAUCAAACGGUAUUGAGAUGGAUUGGGUUAUGAAACAUAAUGGUCCAAAUGACGCUAGUGAUGGGACAGUACGACUUCGUGGACUGCCAUUUGGUUGCAGCAAAGAGGAAAUAGUUCAGUUCUUUCAAGGGUUGGAAAUCGUGCCAAAUGGGAUAACAUUGACGAUGGACUACCAGGGGAGAAGCACAGGGGAGGCCUUCGUGCAGUUUGCUUCAAAGGAGAUAGCAGAAAAUGCUCUGGGGAAACACAAGGAAAGAAUAGGGCACAGGUAUAUUGAGAUCUUCAGAAGUAGCAGGAGUGAAAUCAAAGGAUUUUAUGAUCCUCCAAGAAGAUUGCUGGGACAGCGACCGGGACCAUAUGAUAGACCAAUAGGAGGAAGAGGGGGUUAUUAUGGAGCUGGGCGUGGAAGUAUGUAUGACAGAAUGCGACGAGGAGGUGAUGGAUAUGAUGGUGGUUAUGGAGGUUUUGAUGACUAUGGAGGCUAUAAUAAUUAUGGCUAUGGAAAUGAUGGCUUUGAUGACAGAAUGAGAGAUGGAAGAGGUAUGGGAGGGCAUGGCUAUGGUGGUGCUGGUGAUGCAAGUUCAGGUUUCCACGGUGGUCAUUUUGUACAUAUGAGAGGACUACCUUUUCGUGCAACUGAAAAUGACAUUGCUAAUUUCUUCUCACCACUAAAUCCAAUACGAGUUCAUAUUGACAUUGGUGCUGAUGGCAGAGCAACAGGAGAAGCUGAUGUAGAGUUUGUGACACAUGAAGAUGCAGUAGCUGCCAUGUCUAAAGAUAAGAACAACAUGCAACAUCGAUACAUUGAACUCUUUUUGAAUUCCACUCCUGGAGGCGGUUCUGGAAUGGGAGGUUCUGGAAUGGGAGGCUAUGGCCGAGAUGGAAUGGAUAAUCAAGGCGCUUAUGGGUCAGUUGGAAGAAUGGGAAUGGGGAACAAUUACAGUGGAGGAUAUGGUACUCCUGAUGGCUUAGGUGGUUAUGGUCGUGGUGGUGGUGGCAGUGGUGGUUACUAUGGCCAAGGUGGCAUGAGUGGAGGUGGAUGGCGUGGGAUGUACUAAAGCAAAACCGCUGACAUAAAAGUCCUGACAACAGCAUCUGGUCUACUAGACUUUCUUACAGAUUUAAUUUCUUUUGUAUUUUAAGAACUUUAUAAUGACUGAAGGAAUGUGUUUUCAAAAUAUUAUUUGGUAAAGCAACAGAUUGUGAUGGGAAAUCUGUUUUCUGUAGGUUUUAUUUGUUGCAUACUUUGACUUAAAAUAAAUUUUUAUAUUCAAACCACUGAUGUUGAUACUUUUUAUAUACUAGUUACUCCUAAGGAUUGUGCUACUUUCAUAAGAUUUCGGUUGGUGUAUUUUAUUGUUAGCUUUGCAAGUAGUAUAGUGUAGUUUCAGAGGGUAGUAGUUCACUUCUGCAUAAAUUUCAAGUAUUAUAAUCAGACAUCUGGAAUAAAGCUUAUUAGAAAAUACUUUCUCCUGGACAGUAUAAAACCUAAGGAUGAAUUAGGUUGCUUCAGGAGCAUAAAUUCAACUAAUUCCAGAUAGCGCUAUUAAAAUAUCAGGUAUAGUUCUGAAAAUGUUGAUAAUCUAAAAAGUAACUGCAUUUCUGAAUAUUGAUCAUUUGUUACCUGAGGUUGGGAGUAUUGGAAGUUUAAAUUCUAGUCCUAGAUUUUAGAAUAAAAUGCCCUUAGCAUGUGACUAAAAUGCCAAAAGUAAAAGUUGUAACCUCAAAAUGUCUUAGACUAGGGUAAGAUUCUCAGUGAUGUGAGAAUUAAAUACAAAAGUAUUUACUGCAAGAUAUAAUUCUCACAUAAGUAUUUUCUGUUUCCUGCCCAAUAGUUAAAGCUAUGGUUUUUUAAUACGUGUAUAAAUGAUCACUUUUUUAAAAUGUAAGGCAAGUCCAUGUCAUAGUCUUAAUUAAAAUGAGAGUCCUGCAUUUGGUAUCUGAGAUUUUUCAUCCAUUGUGUUUUUAAAAAAGGCAAGGGAAAAGGUGCUUUUUUACUUUUAAUCCCUUUAAUCAAUAGGCUUUUUGCCCACGUUGGCUAAUGGAUCAAAAUGAAACCUGUGAAUGUAAAUAGUUUUGAACUUGUUUUGUUUUCCCAGAAAUGUCAAUGUAAUAAAUAUCAAUGUGGGAGAUAAU